AUGAAAAGAUAGAACGGAUGCGAACUGGGGGGGGACCACCUCCUAGCACCUCAGCCCAAGAUAAUAUUGAUGAAGCGCUAACUGAGGCUACAGAUGUGGAGUUGCACUUCGCCAUUGAUAGUGACACGGUUUUUCAAGAAGGGCCAUCUGAAAACUGUGGGGAUAUUGCCUGUCAAGUUACAGUCAACGAGCAAAGUGAAGAUGGUGCCAUUGUUGACCUUCAAGCAGAUCAUAGCUAUACUACACCCAGUGGGAGUGCUGAGCCUUUCCUAGGUGAAGGAUCGCAGGAUACAGGUUCUGAGCAGACUAGCUCUGUUCCAUCUGCGACAGCAUGACGUACAAGGACCAUCAGCAGAAGAUCUGGCUCUCGGCUUUCAGAUUACACAGCAUCAUCUCAAGCAACAGCGCGAAAUGUGCGUUCCCAUGUAAUCACUGAUGAGUUUGCACUGAGAGAGGCAAAUUAUAAAAGGGCUCAGGAGAGAGAAGAAGAAGUUCACAAGCUGAAGAUUGCUGAGAGGGAGUUUCUGGUGAAGGCCGCUGAAGAGAAUUACAGAAAAGCAGUUGUUGAACGGCAGAAUGCCGAAGAAGUGCUCCGUUACAAUAAAGCAUUGCGUGAGGCUGCCGAAGCCAAAAAAUUGUAA